UCUGGCGGGGCGGGAGGCAAUGUAGCCGUUGGAGCUGCCAGAUGUUGCUAGGAGCUCUCCGCAGCCUUAGUUCUACUUUCCGGAAAUUCCGCCCCUUUGGGGGCGGGCCAAAGGAGGCUGCUUCCGGGAGCCGUCCAGACACCCCGGGUGUUGCCACGACGACGGAGCUUCCGGUUUGCCUCGCGGCGGCUGGCUCAUGGCGCCCAGGGUGCGGCUGCUCUUGUUCGUGAUCUGGACGCUGGCGGAUCCGGUUCGGCUCGGCUCCGACUCGGAGGGCGAUGGAGGGUGCUAUGCCUUCUCCAGACCCGUCAUCCUGCAGGGGCUCACAGACAACUCAAGAUUCCGAGCACUCUGCUCCCGCGAAAGGUUGCUGGCCUCAUUUGGGAACAACGUGGUGCGGCUGAGUACUGCCAACACCUACUCCUACCAGAAAGUGGAUCUACCCUUCCAGGAGUAUGUGGAACAGCUGCUGCACCCCCAGGAUCCCACCUCCCUGGGUAACGACACCCUGUACUUCUUUGGGGACAACAACUUCACUGAAUGGGCAUCACUUUUUCAGCACUACUCCCCACCCACAUUCAGUCUGCUGGGUACCACUCCUGCUUACAGCUUUGGAAUUGCAGGAGCUGGCUCUGGUGUACCCUUCCACUGGCACGGGCCUGGGUUCUCAGAAGUGAUCUAUGGCCGCAAGCGCUGGUUCCUGUACCCCCAUGAGAAGACACCCGAGUUUCACCCCAACGAGACCACACUGUCCUGGCUCCAGAACAUAUACCCAGCCCUGACACCAUCUGCACGACCCCUUGAGUGUACCAUCCACGCUGGUGAGGUGCUGUAUUUUCCUGACCGAUGGUGGCAUGCCACACUCAACCUUGACACCAGUGUUUUCAUCUCUACCUUCCUUAGCUAGCCAGAGCAGGCAGCUGGCGAGCCCCGUCGCACACCAGCACACACCCCUACAACUGCUCACAGGUUUUAUUACAGGGACAAUGGUGGCAGAAGCGGCCUCAGCCCAACCCACCCUAGCCUGCUGUUUCUGGCUCAGAAGAGGGACAGGGGAAGCUCAUGGCCUAACAGCAGAACUGAUGGAGAGGAUGGGGUAGGGACACCAGAGCAGGGAUCCAGGGACACAAACUAUGUACAGGGACUGGGGGAAAAAGCCCCAAGACCCAGGACCUCCUGGGCCAGGGUUCCAGGCUAGGUGGGGCAAGUAGCCCUCCCACUCUCCCUGCCUCAGUAGUCCUCCACCCAGCCGUUCUCAGAGAUGAACGCAUCGAUGACCUCUUUCAUGGCCAGGUUGGGAAUGAGCUGUUCCUGGGUCAGGGGACUCCGGGUCACAGGAUCAAAAUGGCCCACGCGCUGCAGUGACAACAGGGUCAGAAGGUACUUAGUGGGCCUAAGCCCUGCCCCCAGCACCUGUGGGCCCUCACCUGCAGGUGCUCCUCGAUGUCCUUUCGGUCAUAGGUGAUGCCACUAGGUGUGAUGCAUGGCUCCCGCAUUAGCUCGAAGCUGAUCUUACCA